CCCAAUUUCUUUGAAUUUUUUCAGGUACCCUGAAACUUCGUCUUCUUCGAUUUCUACCAUUUUUUCAAUUUGCAAUCAAAAAUCGAAGCUGAUCCAAAUUAGUAACUCCCCCAUGCUCAGAUCCGGUCUCGCUUCGUUAAUCGUCGAUGUCAAUUUGCGGCGCACGUUACGUCCAUCUCCAACCUUUUCUUUUCCGGCGCAUCUUAGCCGCUGCAUUAUCACUUCCCGUUACUCCUCCCGUACAGCUCUAAGGUUUCCAAUUCGAAUAUCUCGCCACCACCACCGCCUUUCCUGCUUUUCUUCAUCCUCUUCGUCGGAGCAAGGCAGACCAACUUCCUCUUCCCGAAACAGUUUCAGUGGUCACGGUCAGCUUGAUGGUGAUGACAAUUCUUCACCGCCUCCGUCGCAAUCAUCUUCCAAAGUUCUCACAUUGCCCACCGUAUUAACACUUGGUCGUGUCGCCGCCGUCCCGCUUCUCGUCGCAACCUUUUACGUUGAUGGUUGGUGGGGAGCAACUGCUACAACAAGCAUUUUCAUUGCAGCAGCCAUUACAGACUGGCUUGACGGCUAUCUUGCCCGCAAGAUGAGGUUAGGUUCUGCGUUUGGUGCCUUUUUGGAUCCAGUUGCAGAUAAGCUUAUGGUCGCAGCUACAUUGAUCUUACUGUGUACAAAACCUAUCGACGUUGCUGUAUUAGGACCAGUUCCUUGGUUAUUGACGGUACCUUCUAUUGCAAUCAUUGGUAGGGAGAUCACUAUGUCCGCAGUAAGAGAAUGGGCUGCAUCUCAAAAUGGGAAGCUUUUAGAGGCAGUUGCAGUAAAUAACUUGGGUAAGUGGAAAACCGCCACGCAGAUGACAGCACUAACCAUACUUCUUGCUAGCCGGGAUAGCAAUGUUGGAUGGCUUGUAGCUUCAGGUGCUGGCUUGCUUUAUGCAUCAGCUGGACUAUCGGUUUUGUCUUUAGUCGUUUAUAUGAGAAAGAUAUGGAAAGUACUACUGAAGUAGUUGUAAUUCGUCUAUUCUCUUCUCGCACUUACUCGUGGAAGUUGCUGUUAUGAUAGUUCUUUAGGUGAUUAACAAGUGUUCAUAUAUAACUCUAAUAUUCGAUACAUGUUGUAGUGGGUAAGAAGAUGUUGACAUGAAGUUUCUCAGGUCUCCUUACAAAACAUUCAGCAAUGAGAGUGUACCUUUUCAAAAUGGAUGCGAAAAGAGUCAAAAACAGUGCUCAUAGAAUAGAAGAUAGAUUUCAAA